CUGAGAACUACACACUGGGGAGUCUUCAGAAGAUCGUCUUCAGUAGCACAGCCAAGUCAACAUGUCCUUCUUCAGGAAAAUCUUCAAAAAGGCCAUCCGUGACAGGAAGGUCGACGAAGACAUCGUCAAAGUGAAGGGUAAACAGAAGCCAAAGUAUUAUGGAACAGUCGUCCCGUAUCCCAACUUCAAUGCCAGCAGUGAUGCUUCCACUCUUCAGAGCGCCAUCAAAGGACAUGAAGUGGACAUGGAUGUGAUCAAUGUAGUCCUGGUGAACAGAAGCAACGAGCAGAGACAGAAGAUCAAAGUAGUUUAUGAAGCGUCCACUGGAAAGAGGCUGGAUAGAGAUAUGAAGUCGGCUCUCAAGUCAGAUAUAGAGGAUGUCUCUCUGGCUCUGCUCAUGGAUCCCCCUCACUUUGAUGCCUACCUGCUCAGGAAGGCCACAAAGGGCUUUGGCACAAGUGAAGACGUCAUUGUGGAGAUUCUGGCAACAAGAUCAAACCAAGAGAUUCGAGAGAUCAAGAGGGUCUUCAAAGAAGAAUACCAACAUGACCUGGAGGACAUAAUUAGGGAUGAGACCAGCGGUGACUUCACCAAGGCCCUUCUGGCCAUGUUGAAAGCAGACAAAGAUGAGAGCGUGGAAAUCGACAAGGAAGUGGCCCGAAAAGACGCAGAGAUUCUGUUAGAGGCAGGUGAGAAUACCUCUGGAUUCAAUGUCUCUGCCUUCAUCGACAUCCUGACCAAACGCAGCGGGCCGCAGCUUGCCAAUACAUUCGAGCACUACGCUGCCAUCAGUGACAUCAAAUUACCAACUGCCCUAGACAUGGAGCUGAAGGGAGACAUUGAAGACUGUCUUGUUGACAUUGUGAAAUGUUCCUGGAACACAUCGGCUUUCUUCGCUGAGAAGCUCCAUCUGGCUAUGAAGGGCCACGGCACAUGUGAGGACACACUGAUUAGGGUGUUGGUGAGCCGCUCUGAGGUCGACCUGAAGAAGAUUGUGCAGGAAUACAGGGCCAUGUAUGACGUUAGCCUACAGGAAGACAUACUGAUGGACACUAAGGGACACUAUGAGAGCAUCCUGCUUGGACUUUGUGGAGAUCACUGAAAUUCUGUUGAAACCACUUUAAUGGGAAUGAAGACCAGCUUGUCCUGGAGUCCAAAUAAAUCUCACAUCUUUCAAAGUGAUUACAAAAAACGUG